GGAGAGAGGGAUUACGAAGGGGAGGAAAAAGAGGAGAGGCAACGAUGACUUUGUUGUCUCUGUAAAGGUCAGCAUAAAGAAUUCAUCAGCUCUUAGACGUGUGUGUGUGUGUGUGUGUGUGUGUGUGUGUGUGUUCUGUACAAAAUACAAAUAUAAUAAAAAUAUGUUCAAAAUAUAAUUGUUUUAGCAGCUGCAUGUCGUUAAAGGAGAAGGUGAACUGUACAGUCACAGCAGAAACAAAAGUCACAAUCUUUGUCAUAUGAUCUGAUUUUCAGAUGAAUGGUACAGAUUAUUAUUAUCAAUAAUUAAUGUUAAAAGUUCAGUCCUUGCUUACCAUACUAUGUUAACUGUUAAACAGCUAGCGCACUAGCUGCAGCUGGAGACACGGUGGGGUUUGGUGACGUCACCCACAGGUUUCUGAGAGUCUGGCAUGUUUGAGACCUGAAUCUGACAACAGGCUCCAGACAGUAUAACCACCACCUGUGGAUCUGUUGGGAUUGAUUAGUUAGUUUGUUAAUUAAUUCAGCUUUGUCCAUUUCAAACCAUAUACUGUAAAAAAAAGACAUAGCCUCUGUGAUGUCACCCACAGGUUUCUGAAGAGCAGUUUUGAAGCUCAGAGUGAGCUGCUCCACCGUCGUCAUCUUGGCAGUGUCUGACUCCGCCCCCUAACUCCCAGCUAAAAAAAAAGGAGGGGCGUGUGUGGAGCUGAGACUACAGGCUGUGACACCUGCUGACAACCUGCAGCACCUGGAGGAGACGGAGGACACGUCCACCUCUGAGAGCCAAUAGAAAACGAUCAGAGCACGGCGGGAGCCAAACUGCUCGCUGAACAGAGCCGAAGAGACGGUGGAGGGGGCGGCGGGGGCUUUAAUUUCCCAUCAUCCUCUGCUUCUCCUUGGGCCCAGCGGAGGCAGUCAUCCACACCGCUGCACUGAGGAAUUCUCCAGUAGGUCAGAACCUGAACGCCACACACCAGUAAGGACCUGUGGGUAAAGACCAGUGAAACCAGUUGUUCCCAGUCGGUCCUGCUCCAGCGAUGCAGUAGCACGUUGACUGCAGGACCUCAGCAGCCCCCCCACCACCCCCCCACCCCCCAGCCCAGAGUGUGGCUCAGUCCCAGGGUCCCACAGGCCAUGAGGAGGGUGAGGGGCGUCACCUCUUUCUAGACUCUCUCUUCUUCACCUUGUGUCUUCAUGUUUUGGGGGUCCUCCGGUGCCCCUGCCCUCUGUCGACCCCCCCGCACCUGCUGCCACCACGGCCGGCCACCCCAGUCGCCUCGUUGCCAUGCCGACAGAGACACUGGCUCCAGCCCUGCCAGAUAGCAAGGCCGCUGGCCCCGCGACGCCCUUCAGCUCCGCUGUACCCCUCCGCAUCCUCAACAAGGGCCCGGACUACUUCAGGAGACAGGUGGAACCGAACCCGAAGCGCCUCAGUGCUGUUGAGCGACUAGAAGCCGACAAAGCGAAGUAUGUCAAGAGCCAGGAAGUUAUCAACGCCAAGCAGGAGCCAAUCAAACCGCCCGUGUUGGCCAAGCCUCCCGUCGGCCACGCCCUCCUGUCCAAGAGAGGCUCUGGGAUUGGCGGAGGAGGAAACGGAGGCGGGAUCCCUUUCAAAGCGUCCAACAACAACGCCAAGUCGGACACGUGCGCGACGAGCAGCGGCAGCAGCAAACGGGAGAAUUUAAACCUGGAGAUCCUGAAAAACCUGCUGAACUCCUCCUCCUCCUCCGGAGCCGAGGGGCGAGGAGGAGGAGCUAAGAGUGCCGUGAUGAUGAGGUCGUCAGGAGGAAUGGCCAGGAGCUGGACACCAUCAGGGAUGCCGUUAACGUACCGGUCUACGAUGGCGCUGAACGAGCAGCCGACAGACUCCGCUCCCAGCCCGAGCACCUCGCACUCCCUGCGCUCCUUCUCCCAUUCCCUGAAGGUCCCGCCCAUCAACAGCGGGGGGCGCCGCAGUCCGCAGGGCGCGAACCUCAACCUGAGCAGACGAGUCCUGGACGAGCGGGGGGGCGAGGGAGGAGUGAUCGACCGCUCUCGCUCCCCCCUGCCGCCUCUGCUCACCUCCCACUCCUCCUCCGACCUCCUGCGACUGUGCAACGGCAAGCCGCUCCGCACCGCCCGGUCCAGCAGCUCCUCGGCUCCACCCCUCCCCCCGAAACCCAACCCCGCCUCCCUGCCUCCGCCCGCACUCUCCUUGUCGCUGCCUCCCCCUCGUCCGACUCCAUCCCCCUCGCACUGCGACAACACCACCCCUCAGUCGCUACCUUGUGAUUUCGGAGACCCCUCCGGCACCUCGACCGACCCCGCCCUGGAGCUGGAGCUGGGCUCGUCCGUGGUCCGCCGCUCCUCGCUACACAGAUCUAAAUCAGACCUGUCGGACCGCUACGCCCGCGCCGGAGCGGACGUGGAACGCUUUUUUAACUACUGUGGGCUCGACCCGGAGGAGCUGGAGGCCGUCGGUCCGGAGAACUUUGCUCGAGCCAACUCGGACAUUGUCAGCCUGAACUUCCGAUCGGCCUCCAUGAUCUCCUCCGACUGCGACCGGUCGCGGCGGUCCUCCAACGACGGGCUGUCGGACGGGGACGAGGGCGAGGACGAGGAGGAGGAGGCCGGCGAGCGCGUUCCCUACGGCAUCUCGGCCGUGGAGCGAAACGCCAGAGUCAUCAAGUGGCUGUACAGCAUCAAACAGGCCAGAGAGACGCAGAAAGUGUCACAUGUUUAGCUCCACGGACAAACGGCCCCGCGGCUCAGAAGUGAGGGGCGGACCGGAACCUCACAGGGUCCGAGACCGGUCCUGGGGCCGGACCGAAACCCCCGAGUGAACAGACGAAUGAAUGGAAGAGAAGCUCACGAACAGUGAGAAAACAGUUUAGAAACGAAGAGACGAGGACUCUCAUCCUCCUGGUCCAGAACCGCAGGAGCACCAGGAACAAGAGGAACAUGAACACGGGACAUGUAUGUAAAACUAACUGUUCCUCUGAGGACACGCUUCACACCGACUCACAGACCCGCGGACCGCCUCACGCCGAAGGAUCCCGGGCCUGACGGAGGACACGUUGGCAGGUUCAGGUGUAGUCUGGUUUCAGACCUCUGACCUGGUCUGGGUCAGUGAGUACCACCUGGUUCUGGUCGUCCUCCUACAGACAGCGGCUUCAGAGAGAAUCUCACUCCUUCCCUUCACUCUCUCAACGAUCCAUAAAGACGCAGUUAAAAUACGUUUUUAUACGUUUUUUUACAAAUUCGUUCAAAAUCAAAAACUGAAAUCUCUCAUUUACAAAAGUCUUCAGACCCUGAAUCCGGUUCUUCGUCGGUCCCCCUUCAGCAGCUGGUCCAGAUUCAGUACAAGCUCUGAACCUGGAUCUGCUCAGUUUAUCUCCGUCUUCCUGUCAGAUCCAGGAAGUGUCGUCUUCAGGUCUCUCCACAGGUGUGUGUCUCUGUCCAAUCAGCUCAGUCCAGACUCGCCUGCGUUAAACCAGGAAGCAACUGAUCAGUCUGAAGACUUUCAGUUUUCGGUUUUUAAAAACAUGUUUUCACUCGGUGGUUCUGGGUCACUGAGGUCGACCGGUGAGUGAAACACGUCGUUUCAUCCGUUUAAAGUGAAACAUUAAAGUGUUGAAAAAGAGGAGGGGCUUCUGAAGCCGCUGCAGCUGCUCACCUGGAGACCUGAGCUGAGGUUCUGUUCACUCCGCACCGUCACACAGACGCACUCACGUGUCGACAACGUACAAACAGCUGAGAGUCACAUGACUGAACAGCUGAGACUGAAGAGUCAGUGAAGGUCCAAUGUAACAGACGAGGGACAGGAUGAAUGAAGACUGAGAACAGUCCCCUGGUCCUGACCUCUGACCCCUGACGUCUCCUGGUCCUGACCUCUGACGUCUCCUGUCCCUGACCUCUGACCCCUGACAUCUCCUGGUCUUGACCUCUGACCUCUGAUGUCUCCUGGUCCUGACCUCUGACAUCUACUGGUCUUGACCUCUGACCUCUGACAUCUCCUGACCUCUGACUCCUCCUCCUGUCGAAGCUAAACUAAUGUGGUGACGGUGUUGCCGUGUGACCAGGACGAGUCCAGCUCCGAGGACUGACCUGAUACCUGGUCCAGGUGUAUCUGAUCCGUUCGGCACUUCCUUAACGAGUCCCACAGACUCAUCAGGUUAUUGAUGAAUCCAGAUGUUCUGAGUCUCCUGUCUGACAGAUCUAGUGAUUAGUGAAUUAAGGUGUGAUGACACACAUGAUAGGUCACGUGAUCUCACAGAGGCACGCUGUGAUGUCACUGCUCUGCUUCAUUAACUCGUCCACCAACAGCGGGAGAGUUCUGGCGUCCUGCUCUGAGGACAGGUGUGACGCUCGCUGCUGAGGUGGUUUCACGGUUCAGACAUAUUUUAAUGAUUUAUUCAUUAUAAUUAAUGAUUUAGCUCCACCUGUGCAGACAGGUGUUGCUGACAGGUGUCAACAGAUUCCUUGAUGAAGAAGCUUCAGUCUUCAUCAUUCUGAUGUUUGAUUGAUUGAUACGUUAAUGAUGAGGUGAUGACAUCAUGUCGGGCUGGAGGACAGAAGGUACUCGCAGUGCCCUUCGCUCUCGUGAACACCUGUUCACCUGUCGGGCACGCCACGCCUAUAGAGCCCCUCAGCCUAUCAGGUAUCAGAUCAUAAUAUUUAUCAGAAUAACAACAAAAAAAAACAACCUUCAAACACACAGAAGAAUAAAUGAAAUCAGGAAAUGAAUAAAUGUACUAACAAAGCUCCGACUCAGAAACAGGAAGUUGACCCUGAUCAUGUGAUGAUCAGUUAUUGAUCAUGAAGUGGACGACCGCAGUUUUACUGUCCGACACACUGAUCUGAUGAAGUGCGUCCUCGUGUUCCUCCGCUCAGAGCAUCGAUGGUCUCCAGCAGGACGCCAAAACUCUCCCUUCAAACCAGAGUCAGUGAGUCAGAGCGAGUGUGACGACACACCUGCACCGGAGAUACACCUGUGACCGAACAUGGUGCAGGUGAGGACAGGAAGGUGGACGAGAGAGAGAGAGAGAGAGAGAGAGAGAGAGAGAGAGAGAGAUGGUCCACUUAAGGUUUUUAUAGUCGUACUGUAGAUACACACACACACACACACACACACACACACACAUACACAGCGUGCAGACACAGCGGGCUGCGUCCAUCAUGUCCCCAGCUCUGCUGUCUCUCUGUCUGUCCUCUAAGCCAAUCACAGGAGGACACCUGUCGCUUUAAGAGCCUCUGUGUGUAAAGAGGGCGGAGCUAGCCUUCGUCCUCGUCAUCUGUCCACGUGUCUGACGUGUGUCUCCAGGCCUGAAGCCAUAUCGGUGUGAAUGUACCACAGUCAGCGAGUCUGGCCCCCCCCCCCCCCCCCCAACACCUCCACCUGCAGCAACAACCUGCUGGGCUUCACUUCCUGCUUCACACACUCUCAGACACGGCAUCAACACCUGAGGCAGGUAUCCACAUGGCGGCUGAUUCACAUCAUCUCACCUGCAGCGUUUACAAACACAAAGACGUUGGUGCGUUUAACCCUCUGAGGUCUGACGCCAUCGCCUCCAUCCUACACUAUUUCUUAAAUCCACCUUUUAAACAUAAAACCAUGUUUUAUAUCACAAUGUUCAGAUCGAUCUCAGCUCUUUCUACAAUCAUAAACUGAUCAUUUCACCCAAAUGCUGAAAACUUGAAGCUGAGUUUUUGAAAUUCUUCAAAUAUUUUGUGAGAACAAACCUUUGCUGAUGUGGAUGAAAUGUUUUGGUGCUUCAGAUGUUUUUAUCAGAGUCUCCAGGUUCUUAAAGAUGCAAUAAUCACACAACAACAUGUGAGAGAAAGUCGACAGAUUCUAACAACAUUUAAACCAGAUUUCUGCUCUGAACUAUCACAAAGGUUUUAAUAGAACAUCUGUCGACCUCAGAGGGUUAAACUGAGACAGUUGGAGGCUACGAUGAGCGUCACACCUGUCAGGUACAGUCAGGUUCUUCACACCGUCACUGUCGCACGUUGUUGUUGCAGUUUUAUGAUAAAACUUUCCCUCCUCAGACGCUCAGCUCCAUCAUGACACUUCGCUUUGACUUUAAGUUCAGCUCCGGUUCUCUGGAUCGUCCACCUGUGGUAAACUCAGCUGAUCGGACACACACCUGUCUAUAUAAGGUGUCACAGGAGGAGGAGGAGGAGACGGGAUGACCUGACCCCUGACCUGAACCCAAAUCCAACAUCUGGAGAGACCUGAAAAUGUCAGUCCCAAGAGACCUUGCAAAAAAAAACCAAAUCCAGAUGUGAACAGGUGAUGAUGUCAGACCCGAGAGGACGGGAGGCGUUAGUCACCAGGUACAUGAAGUAUGUGUCUGUUUACCAUAAAACUGCAACAUGACAUGAAGCAAACGAAGACCCCCCCCCCCCCCCCCCCGGCAGAACCCUACAUUACACUGAGGUGAAGUGAAGCCCCCUGGGAGACAGCCCCCCCCCUGCUCUGAGCUCAGGGCUGUGCUAGCAUGUUCCUGCCCCCCCCCCCCCCCCACACACACUCCCACCCCCCCAGGCCCCUCAGACCCCGGACCCCCCUGCUGCUUCUCCCUGUCAGCAUUAAUAGAAUAUUGUAGAGUUCCUGCAGCGUCCUUCAGUGUCCCUGUGUCUACAUGGUGCGUGUGUUUUAACCCUGGACGGACGGACAGAGUUCUUCUUCUGUGGUACCUGCUUUGUUUUCUUCUUCUCUGUGUAAAUGCUGUAAGAAAAUGUACAUAUUGAUUUAAGAAGCAGUGUGUUGGAUUUCAGUUCUUCUGUCUGAAGGUUUCUGUGUAACAAAGAGUCUGAACUGAGAUCAGCUGUUCUGGACUGGUCUGGACCGGUCCAGAACUGUGGUACAGGACUAGUACAGGACCAGUCUGGACCGAUCUGGACCGAUCUGCCCUGGGCCAGGACUAUGGUACAGAACUGGACUGGUACAGGACCGGUCUGGACCUGGACGGUCCAGGACUUAGUGUUGACUGUGUUUUUCAACGUGGAAACUUUACAUUUUGCUUGAGAACAAAAAACUUGUUAAUGUUUCUUUUGCAUUAUUUCAAUAAAUGUCUUUGUUUGCCAUCUGA